GGUAGAAGUUGAUGUGGAUUGAAAUUCCUAUAGAUAUUGACAUCCCUGUUGCUUCUUAUCAGCUUUGUCGAUUGCUGGGCGAAUCCCCCCUUUCUCGCAGCGUGGCAUACGCUUUUCCCCCCUAAGAUCAAUGCAGCGUAGAUUUUAGACGCACAAUGAAGAUGUGGGUCAAAUUGACAAUACUAUUUCUCAAACUCUCCUGGACUUUCCAUUUUGUAACAGCAAUCCAAAGGAAAGAUAUUUUCCCAUAUGGGCCAGGUAACGGCGAUUUAAUUCUGCAAGAGGGGGACGAUGAGACCUCCAAGGCACUCGCGCUGAAGAAGCCAAUGUUUUUCUAUGAGGCGCAGUUCAGCGAUUUAUACGUGGCCACCAAUGGAAUAAUAUCCACCCAGGACCUCCCAAUGGAGAAACAGUAUGUGGAUGACGGCUUCCCCACUGACUUCCCAGUCAUCGCGCCCUUCCUGGCUGACAUUGAUACCAGCAAUGGGAGAGGGGCCAUCUACUACCGACUGGAGGAAUCGCCGAGUGUGCUGAACCGGAUCGCGCAGGAGGUGAACCGCGGCUUCCCAGCGGCCCGCUUCACGCCCUCUUACGCUGUCAUCGCCACCUGGGAGAAUGUGGGGGCUUACGAGGAGGUGACCCGGAACUCGGGGCCGUCCAAUAGGGUGAACACUUUCCAGGUGGUUCUGGCGUACGAUGAGAGGGACUCCUACGCCCUGUUUCUGUACCCCGAGGAUGGGCUGCAGUUCUUUGGGACGCGGCCCAAGGAGUCCUACAAUGUGCAGCUGGAGCUCCCGGCCCGCGUUGGCUUCUGCAGAGGAGAGGUGUCCUUCUUCAUCUUUUCCCGCACAGAAGGGCCCUACUACAGUGUCACCAGCAAUGAGCAGAGCGUCAAAAACCUCUAUCAGGUGGGGAACACAGGAGUGCCUGGGGUAUGGCUCUUCCACAUAGGCAACAGUUACUCCUUCCAGAAUGUGGUUCCUGCUUCUGUGGGUGGCGUGGUGCCCACUCUGGCGACGGUGGUCCACGGUGGCGAGCGCAGCACCACCCCCGAGUACUCAGAGGAGUACACCGACACGGACGAAGGCUUCUACGACCCCACGGACGACGACUACCCCACCACCCUGCCCGACCCCGAGUUUCCCCCUCCCACCCUGUUCCGCCCCUCUGUCAUCGGGGCCCCAGAGCCGGAAGCCCUGCCGGGCCAGCCGCACCUUCAGCCUUACGGCGGGGACCUCCCGCUGACCUCUGACCCUCAGGUCCCGGACACCUUGCCCCCGUCACCCCCGGCGUCGGGUCCCGGGGAGUACCCGUUACCAGAGCCCCGUAACCUCCCACCAGAGGAUGCCAACCAGCCACAGCCUCCACUACUGGAGGCGUACCCUGGCAGAGAGGAGACCCCUGUCCUGGAGAUCAGACCUCCACACGCUCCCAACCGGCAGGUGGUCAGUGUGGACGAGGACGUAGACUUCGACACAGGUGUGAUACAGUAUACCACAGAACACAGGGAGACGUGCGCCAGGUUCCAGCACCAGUGUUCUCAGAGCGGUUACUGCACCGACUACUCCUCUGGCUUCUGCUGCCACUGCAGCGCGGGCUACUACGGCAACGGACGACACUGCCUGCCGGAGGGGGCCCCUCAUCGCGUGAAUGGGAAGGUGAACGGCGUCGUGUCCGUGGGGGCCACUCCGGUGGUGCUGAACAACGUGGACCUGCACGCCUACAUCGUGGUGGCGGACGGCCGGGCCUACACCGCCGUCAGCCAGGUGCCAGAGCCUGUUGGCUGGGGGCUGAUGCCCAUGGCUCCUAUUGGUGGCCUGUUCGGCUGGCUGUUUGCCUUGGAGCUGCCAGACCACCAGAAUGGCUUCAGCAUCACAGGUGCUGAGUUCACGCAUUACGCUGAGGUGACCUUCUACCCUGGAAAACAGCAUCUCAUCAUCAUCCAGACAGCUAAGGGCCUGGACUCCCAGAACUACCUCAGCUUGGACACUCGCAUCCAAGGCAGUGUUCCAUUCAUUGCCCCAGGUUCCACAGUGCAGAUUGAACCAUACAAGGAGACGUACCAUUAUUACCCCUCAGUGGUGACAUCAACCUCGGUGCGGGAGUACACGGUGGUGUCAGCGGAAAGUGGAUCCGAAACCCUCUCCUACCAGCUGCGUCAGAACAUCACGUACAGGGACUGCCGACAUGGGCCCCGCACCAGCCCAGACACCCAGCAGCUGUACAUGGAGCGGGCCUUCGUCAUGUACGUGAAGGAGGAGCGCAUCCUCAGAUACGCCAUUACCAACAAGAUCGGGCCCAUCGGAGCAGAUCCCUCGGAGCCCAUCCUGGUGAACCCGUGCUACGCUGGGACCCACGACUGCGACACCACGGCGCAGUGUCUGCCUGGCGAAGGGCAGCAGUUCCAGUGCCAGUGUGCCGCCGGGUACCGCGGCGACGGGCGCAGCUGCUACGAUGUGGAUGAAUGCACUGAGAGCCCUGUGACCUGCGGCGCUCACUCUCGCUGCGUAAACUUGCCAGGAAGUCACCAGUGCCAGUGCCACAGCGGGUACCAUUUUGGCUUUGAUGGGCGAACAUGCAUAGAUAUCGAUGAGUGCAGGUCCCAGCCUUGCCACCCUGAUGCCUCCUGCUCCAACUCCCUGGGCUCCUUUGAGUGUCAGUGUCGGGCCGGCUUCCAAGGUGAUGGGUUCCAGUGCGUUCCUCAGACUGUGCAUCCUGAACGUCCAAGAACCCAGUGCGAACAGCACAGAGACAGCCUGCAGGGAGGGCACGGGCCCCGGGGGCCCCGCCCUGCUCUGGGGGCCUUCAUUCCCCAGUGUGAUGAGGAGGGCCAGUACAGACCCCUCCAGUGCCAUGGUUCGACAGGACACUGCUGGUGUGUGGAUAGCAGGGGGCAAGAGCGAGAGGGGACGAGGACACCCCCCGGGACUCCACCCACCAACUGCGACCAGCCAGUUCACCCUGGACGCCCCAAGACCCAGUGUGAGCAGCACAGAGACAGCCUGCAGGGGGGUCAGGGUGGCUACCCACUCAUCGGGGCCUUCAUUCCCCAGUGUGACGAGGAGGGCCAGUACAGACCCCUCCAGUGCCACGGUUCGACAGGACACUGCUGGUGUGUGGACAGUAGGGGGCAGGAGCGAGCAGGCACCAGGACACCCCCCGGGACUCCACCCACCAACUGCGACCAGCCAGUUGCCCCCACACGGAGGCCGGAGACUGUGUGCGAGCGGUGGAGGGCCAGCCUCAUUGAGCACUAUGGAGGCCAGCCGGCCUCAAACCAGUACAUGCCGCAGUGCGACUCCGCGGGCGAGUUUAGCCCCCUCCAGUGCUACGGAGACAGCAGCUACUGCUGGUGCGUGGACAAGGACGGCAGGGAGGUGCCCGGGUCGCGCUCUCACGACGCCGUCAAGCCUGCCUGUAUUCCAACUGUAGCCCCUCCCACUAUGCGUCCACUGCCCCGCCCCGAUGUAACACCGCCCCCCUCUGGCACCUCCCUCCUGUACGCCCAGGGCCAGCAGAUUGGGGCGUUGCCGCUUAAUGGGACCCACAUGGACAAGGAGAAGGCCUCGGUUCUGCUGACAUUGCAUGGGUCGAUUGUGGUGGGGAUUGACUACGACUGCAGGGAUCAGAAGGUUUACUGGACGGACCUUGCGGGACGGACCAUCAACAGAGCCAGGCUGGAGAGGGGGGCAGAGCCAGAAACCAUCAUCAACACAGGGCUGACGAGUCCAGAAGGCCUAGCUGUGGACGUGCGACGAAGGACAAUGUUCUGGGUCGACAGCGGACCAGACAAGAUCGAAACGGCCAGUUUGGAUGGCAGUGGCAGAAGGGUUCUCUUCGACACAGAUCUGGUCAACCCUCGAGCCAUCAUCGUGGACUCCCAUAGCGGGACCCUGUACUGGACGGACUGGAACCGGGAGGCUCCGAAAAUCGAGAGCUCCACUGUGGAGGGGCACAACAGGAGAGUGCUGGUGCGUGACGGCAUUGGCCUGCCCAACGCCUUGACCUUCGACCCCUCCACCAGACACGUUUGCUGGGCAGAUGCAGGCACCAAGCGGCUGGAGUGCAUUGCGCCAGAGGGGACUGGAAGACGAGUGAUCAACAGCAAUCUGAACUACCCCUUCAGCCUGGUGUUCUACAGCAACCACUUCUACUACACUGACUGGAGGAGGGAUGGAAUCAUCGCAUUGAGCCGGGACACCAGCCAGUUUACUGACGAGUACCUGCCAGAUCAGAGGUCUCACCUGUAUGGCAUCACUGUUGCCUCCCCCUACUGCCUAUCAGGGAGACAGUAAUGACAGACCCAAUACAAAAUGGUGCUAUUUGGGCAAGUCUGGAAGAACUUGCGGAGCAGAGACC